AUGCUGACGCCUACCAGUGAGCAAACCGGUGAGCUGGAGCUGUCCUCUCCGCAGCAGAGCCGCCUGAACCAGGUGAUCCGGGCCGUCACACAGAUCAUCACCUUCUCUGGAGCCAUCGGCCUGCAGUCCAACAGCGCCUGUCUGCUGGGACACCUGCAGCUGGCCCACAUGUCCACCAGCCACAGCCACACAGCAGUUCCUCAGGACUUCAGUUACCUCUCAGAGAAAAGUCUCCUCAGACCCAUCAUUGACUUCAUCACAGAGGCAGGAAGAAAAGGUCCAGAGUUUUCCCCUCCAUCUCUGGUGAAGGCGGCUCUGACCCCGUUGGCCUCCGUUGGAUCCAGUUUCCAGUACCCCCCCAUCAACUGGAGCGCCGUGCUGUCCCCUCUGAUGAGACUCAGCUUCGGAGAGGACGUGCAGCACCAGUGUCUGUGCCUCGCAUCCUGUCAGGCUCAGACUUCCCAGAGUGCAUCUCUCUUCCUGGGCUCAUGGCUGGCCCCACCUCUUGUGCACAGCCUCAGUCUCCUGACCCGGGCCCACCUGUAUGAGGGUCUGGGUCUGUGGAUGAAGCAUGUGGCUGAGGACAAGCUGCAGGUCCACACAGAGAGUCUGGGUCUGCAGCAGUUCCAGGACGACCUCCGACCCCAGCGCCUGGUCCUGUGCAGCUCCCUGCUGCAGGGCCUGGCUCAGGCCAUGGCCCUCCCCAACCCCCCCAACAGCUGCUGGACCCUCCUCUGCUCCACAACGGAGAAGAUCUUCACCCUGCUGCCCAACCACAUCCAGGUACAAGGCUGGAAACGUUGUCAUUCGUUUUAUUCCACUCAUGGUAAUUAUUUCAAAACAUGUACAAUUAAAGCAGUUUUUAGUAGCCCAUGAUGGAAAGGAGCAGUG